AAACCGCAGAAUUUAAUACGCCUCCAGAACUGCUCACAAAAGCAAAGCAAAAAGCAACAUAAACCAAACCAAUGAUUGAUCUGUGCCAGUGGAGGGCUAGAAUAGGCACGUGGAACUGUUGCCAGUUGUCAGAAUCCCGCGACAGUGCUACUGGUAGCAUCUACUCAGACUACUGUAAAACCAAAGGAGAAGGAAGACCAUGUCUCAUAUUCUCGAUUUUAUCUAUUUUCAUUCUGAUUGCUCUCCUUCUCUUCAUAUCGGGAAAUGUGGAACUUAAUCCUGGACCCACUCUUACAGACCAGCCAACAAAAGAGGAAUUGGUUGAGUUGUUGAGUAGCUCAAAGUUUACUUCUGGUAAUUGGGAACACUUUAUUUGUUAUCUUCCUAACAUGGCCCAAGAUAUUGUUGUUGGUAUUAAGCAGAGCGUGGAAGAGAAUGAGGCCAGUCCUUCAAAUUACAUUGAUGCUGUAGCUCAACAUUGUCAUAAUAUUCCUGAUAUAACAUGGAGAAAUAUCUGUAUUGCUUUACUGAGUUCCAAUGAAGUUAAUUUAGCUCAAAAUAUCCUUGAUAAACAUUCUG